GGAACCCUAGUGCUCCGGAGAAGCCCACAAAUAAGAGAUCAGAGUCCGCCUUCUGGCUCCACAACCCGAGGUCUCCCUCACGCUCCUUCUCCUUCCGGUCCAGCUGGACGCGGAGAGGCUCAGCGAGGGCGGAUUUCUCCGAGGCUGGCUGCAGGCUCUUAGAGUCCCCCGCCCGACGCGGGCGCCGCAGUACCACCUGGGCGUCCUCCCGCCGCCGGGAGCGCUGUGGGCCGCAGCGGGCCUGGUUGCAGACGCCGUGGCGGCCGCCGCGCGCCUGAAGGGAGCUGCUGGCGGGGCCCAGGGAGUCCCCGCCCGAGACUGUAUCGCCACCGCCGCCAUGGCUACAAAAGACCCCACAGCUGUAGAGAGAGCAAACUUGUUAAACAUGGCUAAACUCAGUAUCAAAGGACUCAUUGAAUCUGCUCUAAGCUUUGGCCGCACUUUGGAUUCUGAUUAUCCCCCCUUGCAGCAGUUCUUCGUUGUUAUGGAACAUUGUCUGAAACACGGUCUUAAAGUGAGAAAAUCAUUUCUAAGUUAUAACAAAACUAUCUGGGGCCCUUUGGAACUGGUGGAGAAGCUAUACCCAGAAGCAGAGGAAAUAGGAGCUAGUGUCCGGGAUUUACCUGGUCUUAAGACCCCCCUGGGUCGUGCAAGAGCGUGGCUUCGAUUAGCCCUCAUGCAGAAAAAAAUGGCUGAUUACCUGCGUUGCUUAAUUAUUCAAAGGGAUCUCUUGAGUGAAUUCUAUGAGUAUCAUGCACUAAUGAUGGAAGAAGAAGGAGCAGUAAUUGUUGGGCUGCUGGUUGGCCUGAAUGUGAUAGAUGCUAAUCUGUGUGUAAAGGGAGAGGAUUUAGAUUCACAAGUUGGAGUGAUUGAUUUUUCAAUGUAUUUAAAGAAUGAAGAAGAUAUUGGAAAUAAAGAAAGGAAUGUUCAAAUUGCUGCAAUAUUAGACCAGAAGAAUUAUGUUGAAGAAUUAAAUAGACAACUGAACAGCACAGUCAGCAGUCUCCAUUCAAGAGUUGACUCAUUAGAAAAGUCAAAUACUAAGCUGAUUGAAGAGUUAGCAAUAGCAAAGAAUAAUAUCAUUAAACUCCAAGAAGAAAAUCAUCAAUUACGAAGUGAAAAUAAAUUGAUUUUAAUGAAAACACAGCAGCACCUAGAGGUUACCAAAGUAGAUGUGGAAACUGAGCUUCAAACAUAUAAGCAUUCCAGGCAAGGGCUAGAUGAAAUGUAUAAUGAAGCCAGAAGGCAGCUUCGAGAUGAAUCUCAGUUAAGACAAGAUGUGGAGAAUGAGCUGGCAGUACAAGUUAGUAUGAAACAUGAGAUUGAACUUGCCAUGAAGUUGUUGGAGAAAGAUAUCCACGAGAAACAAGACACACUGAUAGGCCUUCGACAACAACUGGAGGAAGUUAAAGCAAUUAACAUAGAAACAUAUCAGAAGUUGCAGGGUUCUGAAGAUGGUUUGAAAGAAAAAAAUGAAAUAAUUGCCCGACUAGAAGAAAAAACCAGUAAAAUUACUGCAGCCAUGAGGCAGCUGGAACAAAGAUUGCAGCAAGCAGAGAAGGCGCAAAUGGAAAUUGAAGAUGAGGACAAGAAAUAUCUACAAGAGUAUCAGAGUAAAUUCGACAGUCUGCAGAAACAAAUCUCCCAAAAGGAGAAACAGCUGGCACAACUGGAAACCGAUCUGAAGAUUGAGAAGGAAUGGAGACAGACUUUGCGGGAAGAUCUUCAAAAGGAGAAAGAUACUGUAUCUCAUCUCAGAAAUGAGACCCAACAGAUCAUUACUCUUAAAAAAGAGUUCCUUAACCUCCAGGAUGAAAAUCAGCGGUUGAAAAAAAUAUAUCACAAACAGGAGCAAGCUCUUGAAGAACUUGGCAACAAACUUAGCGAAUCAAAACUUAAAAUCGAACACAUGAAAGAAGCCAACAAAGCAUUGCAGGGACUGGUUUGGUUGAAAGACAAAGAAGCAACACAUUGUAAACUUUGUGAAAAGGAAUUCUCACUGUCUAAGAGAAAGCACCACUGUAGAAAUUGUGGGGAAAUUUUCUGUAACGCCUGUUCUGACAACGAACUGCCUUUGCCUUCUUCACCGAAGCCAGUACGGGUUUGUGAUUCCUGUCACGCAUUACUAAUUCAAAGAUGCUCAUCUAACUUGCCAUAAUAUUCCAGAACUAAUGUAUGAAAAGUACCUACAAUGAAUGAUGAAUGUUACAUAUGAACGUGUGUACAAUGUAUUCAGACAGCCCUUAAGCAGCUUUCAGACAGCAUUGGUACCAGUUUUACUUUCACAUAUUCAACUCACAAGAACUCUUAAUGUAUGAGAUUUCCUUUGCCAUUUUUAUUCAAAAAUAACAGGGCAUGCUUUAAAGUAACCUUAGCUAAUUCCUGACUGUAGUUACCAUGUAACUCUUUUCUUAAUGCCAUGGAGAGGCCAGAGAGCAUAGCCUACAUGUUUGCCUUAUUCUGUAAAGUGAAGUCGAUCAGUUGUGUCCGACUUUUUGCAACCCCAUGGACUCUAAGAGUCGGACACGACUGAGCAACUGACUUCACUUUACAGAAUAAGGCAAACAUGUAGGCUGUGCUCUCUGGCCUCUCCAUGGCAUUAAGAAAAGAGUUACAUGGUAACUGCAGUCAGGAAUUAGGCUAAGGUUACUUUAAAGCAUGCCCUGUUAUUUUUGAAUAAAAAUGGCAAAGGAAAUCUCAAAUUAUACACUGAGUUCCUGUGAGUUGAAUAUGUGAAAGUAAAACUGGUACAGAUGCUGUCUGAGUAGUUAUUAUGUAACUUUUUUCUUAGUGCCAUGGAGAGGCCAGAGAGCAUAGCCUACAUGUUUGCCUUAUUUUGCAAAGGCCUUCUUAAAAAUAGGGUUUCAGAUUAUUAUUCUCCAGAUUGUCAAAUUGAUAUUUGAUGGUGCCUGUAAUUUUUUAAUGCACUUUAAAGCCUCACAGUUCCAAGAACGACUGGAAAUGCACAUUUUAGAAGUAUUACUAUUUCAACAGGUUUUUCAUUAGCUUGGUAAAGUGUCAACUGUAUUUAUUUGCUUCCCCUCUGCCAAUUUUGCAUUAGAAAAUGCCUUCUUUCUCUAUAGUCAAUGUGGUAUUUUGCUGAACUUUCAGAUAUAGUGGUUGAAAGGUAUUAUUUUGUCUCCAAAUAUUUUGAAAAUGUUAUAUCCAUUUCUUAGGGGGGACUCACACCUUUAAAAGUCAAAACACAGGAACAACUCUGGCAGUCUAGUAAAGACUCCACACUUGCACUCCAAGGGGGCACAGGAUGGAUCCCUGGAUUAAGAUCCUGCAUACCACAUGGGCAUGGCCAAAAAAAAAGUCAAAACAUAAAUUUUCCUAGAAAAAAAUGUAAUAGCCAGGAUUAUAGGCUCCUGAUUUUCCCUUAGCAUUUAAGGAGAAAUCUAAAAUACAGUUAAACUUUGCCUUUGAUUAUGACAGGUUUGAGUAAAAAAAGUUCUGUAUUACCUUUCCAGCCCAGUAACUUUUAGGAAGCAUUACACUGUGGCAGUCUACUACAGUCGAGUAAAAUACCAUUUAUUAGCACCUCCAAAGCCAGGGCCUAGAGCCCUGCCAUUACAUAUAUACUUGAACUAUUUCAAGCAUAAAGUCAGUAAACACUAAUCCCUGUUAAUAGUUUAUAGCAUACCAAGAAUUUAAUUAAUCUUUAAAACUACCCUUGCAUAAUUAACCGUUUCAACAGCACCACCACUUGGGGUUCUACUUUUUUAAGUCUUAAUUUAAGUCAUGCACUUUUGAGUUUGUACCUUUUAAACAUGCCAUUAUUGGUAUCCACAUUACUCCUAAGAGCACUACUAAAUAAAGCAUGGCUACUCCCUCCCCACUAAGAUAGCACUGCUUAUUCUACAGGAUCGUUAUUAUCCUGAGUACAUACUUCUGUUGAGGUUUAAAAUUAAUUUUCUAAGUUGCCAAAGUAUGAAACCACUGUUUUACUUUCAGAUUUCUUUUCCAUAAUCCAGUCAGUUUUUAGUCUUCAAUCAGAAUGGACAUAUAGAUUUAUAGGUGGUCUUUAAUGCUCUGAUAGGAGUAUUUGAAACAUGAAUUAUAUUCUUUGAACUGUUUUGUACUGAUGGGAUGGGUUAACAUUUUUAUGACGCGAAUAAGCAAAAAUGAAAAAUAUCAAGUGCUGUUUUUUAUUAUUGUGCUUAAACUUUAAAAUGUGAUUCUCUUAAAUACCAACCCUGGUUUCAUUCAACAAAUAAACCAUGAUUUUUAGUCCCAAUUUAAAUUCUUCACCACUCCUGUUAUUGCCAUUGAUUUGGGCCUUUUGUAGGCAGGCUUUUUCUAAGAAAAUAUUGAAACUUGCUCCAUUUUGUUUUGACUUGUAUCUAAAAACCAUAAUCUAAUUUUGGAUUUUAUGUAAUAGAACUUUGUAUUUUGUGCACUUUGUGUACUUGUUACACCCUCAUCUAGUAGUAACCUAAUACUAUCAUGGUGCCAAGGAAUUGUGAUUGUAAUUCUCAUAUUCACACUUCUCUAAAAUGUGAAUUUUAUAUGACAAAUAAAACACCUGAAAAAUUAA